UUCACUUCUCUCAACCUCUUUCGCCAUUACCACCCUGCUCUCACGAGCAAAAUACGGUAACCACAGGUGGUGUAUUUAUGGCUACCGGAGCUGCCGGCGAUGCAAUUUUCCGGGGAGUAUUUGAAGGAUCUAUUUCCGGUCACGAUCUAGAAUUUUCAAAAAGGCCAUACCACCGGAAUUGUGGCUGUGCAUUGCAUAAAUCGAGAGGGAACUGUUCUCAUUCGUCGAGAUAUAUGACUGUUUCGUAUCCGAUUCGCCGGUCGUGGAGUGAAGGAUGUUUAUCGUUGGUUGCGGCGGCGUCAGCGGCGGCGUCCGGUCAUUCAUCGCCGUGUUCUUCACCUUCUGUGGCGGUUGCCGAUAUCAGUAAGAGGAAUUUGCUUCCGGUUAAUGAAGACGUUGAAGAUCUCGUUUUCAGUAAGGUUUAAUAAUUUAAUUUUUUUUUCUAAUUAAGGGAAUAAUAAUUGCUGUUUUUUU